AUGGCAGCUCCGUCAGCUGCAGCUAUGACUGAUAUGAUACCUAUAAUUCUACAAGAGCGACUUAAGUUAUCUGACCACGGUAUUGCAAAAGAAGCCAUUGGCUUCAGAAGCUGCAGCUUUGCAUCAGACCUCUAUAUAACCGUUCGCAAUACAAAACCGGACGGACGCUUCCAGGUGGUGAUGGUAGAUCUUCAUAAUACGAAUAAUGUGAGGAAACACGAUAUGACGGCUGAGCAAGUAAUUAUGAGCCCAAAUGGACGUUUUUUGGCAUUGAAAGCAAAACAAACGCUCCAACUCUUUAAUCUCGAAACCCAAAGCAAGGCUGGAGCUCACGAAGCGAAGGAUGAAUUUGAAUUCUGGAAAUGGCUUGAUGACACGACUUUGGCAACUAUAACAAGGAAUUCGGUUUAUCACUGGAAAGUUGAUACUGAGACACCACAAAAAAUGUUUGACAGACACCAGUGUUUGAGUGGAACUCAGAUUAUUGAUUAUGUUGUUAACGAUACAUCUACAUGGGCGGCUGUUAUCGGAAUUAAAUUGUCAGAUGAGCAUACUCCCGGAAAUCAAAGAGUGAUUGGAAAAAUGCAGUUAUGGAAUAGUCAAUAUAAAGUUAGUCAGGAAUUAGAUGGAAAUGCUGCUGCAUUUGCUGUAUUGACUAAAGAAGAGAAUGGAGUUGAUGUCGAGGCGCCGUUGAUUGUAUUUGCCUCAAGAAAUAAUCCUGGUGCAGAAAUGCUUCGUAUAAUCGAAACUAUCCAAGCCCCAAAUGGAGCCCUUGCUAAACAUUGUAAUGAUAUUUCGGUGUUUUUCCCCGACGAUGCAGCAACAGACUACCCUGUUAAUUUGACGUUUAGCAAGAAAUAUGGACUAUUUUUGCUUGCUACCAAGUUUGGAUACAUCCACUUGUAUGAAGUGGAAUCCCAGACUUGUAUCUACAUGAAUAGGAUUAGUAUGGAAUCAAUAUUUAGGUUUGGUGAGCCACAGGAGAGUAAUGGGCUGCUUGCUGUUAACAAAGGGGGACAGGUGUACUCGGUGACGAUAGACGAUUCUAUACUAUUACGAUACAUUGCUGAAAUUCUCGGAAAGCCUGAUCUUGCAAUACGUCUGGCUAUUCGUCACGAUCUAGCUGGUAUCGAGCGUCUGUACACUGAGAAAUUCAUGGCUCUUUACAAUGCCGGAGACUAUGAAAAUGCUGUUGUGAUGGCUGCAAAGUCACCCAAGGGCUUUCUUCGUACUCAAGCCGUUGUUGAUCGGCUCAAGACGCUACAACCAACAGUUGCCGGACAACCACAACCUAUUAUAAAGUACUUCUCUACUAUAAUACACAAGAACCCUCUUAAUCAGUAUGAAUCAGUAGCACUCGCUAAUAUUGCCGCCCAGACUGGAAAAAUUCAGAUUAUGAAACAAUACUUGGAUCAAGAUAAGUUGACGAGCAGCGAGGAAUUAGGCGAUGUUCUACGGCCACACGAUCCACAAACAGCAGUUAAAGUAUAUCAUAAUGGCAAUAAACCUGCCAAGGUUAUUGAAUGCUUAAUCGAUCUCGGAAAGUACGACCGUAUUACGAGUUAUGCACAAACGGCCAACUUCCAGCCUGACUACACGCAAAUCCUACAACUGAUAAUGCGUCGCGAUCCAGACAAGGGUGCUGCGUUUGCAAAAACAUUGGUCGAGAAUCAAGGGACUUCUCUUGCCGACAUUGAACGAAUUGUUGAUAUAUUCAUGUCGCAAAACCUUAUCCAACAAGUUACUUCAUUCUUGUUAGAUGUAUUACAGGACAAAGAUACUGCGGAAUAUGGGCACCUGCAGACGCGUCUUCUUGAAAUGAAUCUUAUGCAUGCUCCUCAAGUGGCCGAUGCUAUUCUAUCCAACUUGAGAUUCUCUCAUUACGAUCGAGCGACUAUUGCUAAUUUAUGCGAAAAAGCCGGUUUAUAUCAGAGGGCUUUAGAACAUUAUGAAGACAUAAAUGAUAUCAAGCGCGUCAUUGUCCAUGCACAAGGGUUGAAUCGAGAGUGGAUAGUCAAUUUCUUUGGUAAAUUAACCGUAGACCAGACUCUCGAAUGUAUGAAUGCGAUGCUAAAAACAAAUAUUCGGGAGAACCUUCAAGUCGUCGUGCAAAUUGCGACAAAAUAUUCAGAGUUAAUAGGCCCACUCAAGCUAAUAGAACUGUUUGAAUCAUUCAAGACAUAUGAAGGUCUUUACUACUAUCUGGGAUCUAUUGUGAAUCUUAGUCAAGAUCCUGACGUGCAUUUCAAGUAUAUACAGGCCGGAGUAAAAGUUGGUCAACUCAAAGAAGUCGAACGCAUCUGUCGGGAGAGUAACUUUUAUGAUCCAGAGAAAGUGAAAAAUUUCCUCAAGGAAGCAAAACUACCCGACCAACUCCCACUAAUUAUAGUUUGCGACCGUUUCAACUUUGUUCAUGAUCUCGUCCUUUUCCUCUACCAACAAGGCCUCACCAAAUACGUUGCGGAUUACGUCCAGCGAGUAAAUUCAGCACGUACUCCUGCCGUCAUUGGGGGUUUGUUGGAUGUAGACUGUGACGAGAAUGUAAUCAAAAAUCUCCUCCUCUCAGUCACCGGUCCUGUGCCUGUCGAUGAUACAGAUCCAGCUGUAUAUAACGCAUUGGCGAAGAUUUAUAUCGAUAGUAAUAAUAAUCCUGAAGCAUUUCUCAAGGAGAACCCGUACUAUAAUUCUCUUGUUGUUGGGAAAUAUUGUGAAAAACGAGAUCCAUACCUUGCUUUCAUCGCUUAUCAACGUGGUCAAUGCGAUAACGAAUUAAUCAAAGUAACAAAUGAGAACCAGAUGUUUAAGCAUCAAGCGCGAUAUCUUGUGAAACGCCGUGAGCUUGAACUGUGGAAGAAAGCGUUGGACGACGACAACAUGCAUCGUAGGGCUUUGAUUGAUCAGAUUAACGCAACAGUUCUUCCUGAAACGUCGGAUCCAGAGGAAGUCGCUACAACAGUAAAGGCCUUCAUGGAAGCUGAUUUACCAAUAGAAUUGAUGGCAUUAUUGAGUAAACUAGUAUUGGAACAAACAGCUUUCAGUGACCAUACGAAUCUGCAGAAUUUGCUCAUCCUUACUGCUAUAAAGGCGGAUAGGGCCCGAGUGACAGACUUGAUUAAUAGACUCAACAACUACAACGCAACCAACAUUGCAGAGAUUGCUAUCAAUGCCCAGCUAUUCGAAGAAGCUUUCCUUAUUUAUAAGAAACAAGAUAUGCAUAUAGAAGCUGUCAAUACGCUAAUUGAGCAUAUUGCUAGUAUUGAUCGUGCUGUUGAGUAUGCAGAGCGCGCCGAUACGCCAGAAGUGUGGAGUCUCGUGGCUAAGGCUCAAUUGGCAGGAUUACGAAUUAGGGACUCCAUUGGUAUUUAUGAGAAAUCAUACAUUCGGAAGAUUGUUUUUCUGUCUGCGCUAAUUACUAAAAUAUUGCAACAAUUCUUUAUUCAAGACUCGUAUAUCCGCGCCGAUGAUCCAAGCAAUUUCCAGGAAGUGAUCGAUUACUCUUCUCGUGCAGGAAAAUUCGAAGACCUCGUGCGUUACUUGCAGAUGUGCCGCAAAAGAGUCCGUGAACCGAUGGUGGACAGUGAACUUCUUUUUGCCUACGCAAAGACUGAAAGAUACUCAGAUCUCGAGGAAUUCCUCAGACAACCCAAUGUUGCUCAGAUCCAAGUUGUUGGCGAGCGGUGUUACGAACACGAGUUGUAUCAGGCUGCUAAGAGUUUGUUCUCGAGUAUUUCUAACUGGGCUCGGUUGGCUUCGACCUUGGUUCAUCUAGGCGAGUACCAGGCUGCAGUUGACGGCGCUCGCAAGGCAGGCAAUACAAAGGUUUGGAAAGAUGUUCACAAGGCUUGUCUCAAACAUGAUAAGCUUCGACUGGCUCACAUAUGCGGCUUAAAUCUGAUCGUUCAUGCGGAAGAACUUGAGGCUGUAAUUCGUAACUAUGAGCGCGGAGGCCAUAUUGAGGAACUAUUCUCACUUCUCGAAGCUGGUCUUGGUUUAGAACGAGCGCAUAUGGGAAUGUUCACUGAAUUAGCAGUUCUAUACACCAAGUAUCGACCCGAGAAAACAGAUGAGCAUUUACGUCUUUUCUGGCAACGUCUUAAUAUACCUAAAGUUAUUCGUGGCUGUGAAAAUGCUUGUCUAUGGAAAGAGAUGGUAUUCCUAUAUGAAAAUUACGAAGAGUUUGAUAACGCAGCUUUGUCAAUGAUGGAGCAUUCUGCCGAUGCUUGGGAUCAUGAUCAUUUCAAGACUUUGAUUGUCAAAGUUGGAAAUCUUGAGAUCUACUACAAGGCAUUGAAAUUCUACUUGGAUGAGCAUCCGUUAUUAUUGAACGAUUUACUUGUUGCCUUAACGUCUCGCGUCGAUCAUACUCGGGUGGUUAGAAUGUUUGAAAAGUCUGACAAUGUGCCGUUGAUCAAAUCUUACUUGAUAUCUGUUCAAAGGGAAAAUAUCGAAGCUGUCAACGAGGCAUACAAUGACCUUGCCAUAGAAGAAGGCGAAUACACAGCACUUCGUGAUUCGAUUGACAAUUUUGAUAAUUUUGAUAAUUUCAAACUAGCGUCACGACUCGAAAAGCAUGAUCGUAUUGAAUUUCGUAGGAUUGCUGCUCACAUCUUCCGCAAGAAUAAGCGUUGGAACAAAUCAAUUGCAUUAUCAAAGGAAGAUCGUAUCUGGGAAGACGCGAUCGUGACUGCGAGUAUGUCACAGUCAACUGAAGUUGCAGAGGAGUUAAUGCUGUAUUUCUUACAGAUCGGUAAUGAAGAAGAUUUCACGGCGUGCUUGUAUGCAUGCUAUGAUCUUGUGAGGCCUGACGUUGUAUUAGAGAAUGCAUGGCGACACAACAAGAUGGAUUUCGCUAUGCCGUAUAUGAUUCAAUCACUAAGAGGCGCUAUGGAGAAGAUCAACUUUUUGGAAAAGAGCGUUUCUGAAUUGACGGAAAAAGAAGAAAAUAGGGAGAAGAUUGAAAGUGAAACGCCGGUUAUCCCUCUUGCUUUGGGCAAUCAACGACUCCUUACGCAAGGAGCCGGCCAAGGGAUUGCACCUCAAUUCACUGGUGCUUCAGCAUAUAGUGUGAACUCCAACAUGACGGGUUUUAAUUCGUAUUGA